AGGAAUCCGUUUCUGUGGAGGAGAUGCCAAAAUCAGAGCUAAGAGAACCUUACAGAAAAAUGUACCCACAGUCAGCUCGCAGCCAUAGCGCAGAGGUCAAGAUCCCCCAUAUGCGAGUAAGUGAUGGAGCUGCCAUCCAGGAAAUCUAUUCUUUUGGAAGGAAACUAGGACAAGGCAGCUUUGGGGUGGUAAUAGAAGUAAAACACAAAGGCACUGGCAAAAAAUGGGCUAUUAAAAAGGUCAACAGGAAAAAGGCUGGAAGCUCUGCUAUGAAAUUGCUUGAACGGGAGGUAAACAUCUUAAAAAGAGUGAACCAUGAACAUAUAAUACACUUAGAAGAAGUGUAUGAGACACCAAAGCGGAUGUAUCUUGUAAUGGAGCUCUGUGAGGAUGGAGAACUUAAAAAGAUUCUUCACAGUAAAGGACACUUUACAGAAAAUGAGACAAGGCACAUCAUUCGGAGUCUUGCUUCAGCAAUAGCAUAUCUGCACAAAAAAGAUAUUGUUCAUAGAGAUCUAAAACUGGAAAACAUUUUAGUUAAAAGCAGUGACAUUGAUGAAGCAAAUGAAAUGAAAUUAAACAUAAAGGUGACUGACUUUGGUUUAGCUGUGCAAAAGGCUGGUGGUAGUGUGUUUCAGUCAAUCUGUGGGACUCCUAUGUACAUGGCCCCUGAAGUUAUCAGUGCCCAUGACUACAGCCAACAGUGUGACGUUUGGAGCAUAGGUGUCAUUAUGUACAUGCUACUGUGUGGUGAACCUCCUUUUAUAGCAAGCUUAGAAGAGAAGCUUUUUGAGCUAAUAAGAAAGGGAGACCUGUGCUUUAAAAAUGCAGUUUGGGAAACAGUUAGUGAGACUGCAAAACAAGUAUUGAGACUACUUCUGAGAGUAGAUCCUGCUCACCGAAUCACAGCUAAUGAGUUACUGGAUAACCAGUGGAUAACAGGUGACACACAUGCUGUCCAGAGACCAUGUAAUGUCUUGGAGUUGAUGAAGGAGUGGAAUAACAAUCUGGACAUCGGUGAAAUGUGCAGUGUAGAAGAGGAAUCAAAUAACCCAGCUGCUGCCUGCCAGCAGGGUGAAACCAGC